GGAAAAUUCUAUAAAACAGCCAUAAGACCGGCUAUGAUGUACGGAACUGAAUGUUGGGCAGUGAAAAAGAAAGAGGAACAACGAAUGCAUGUGGCGGAAAUGAGAAUGCUUAGAUGGAUGAGUGGAGUGACAAAGAAGGAUAAAAUUAGAAAUGAGUAUAUUAGAGGAAGUCUAGGUGUGGCACCAAUUGAUGCCAAAAUGAGAGAGCAUAGGUUAAGAUGGUUUGGUCAUGUUCAACGUCGAGACGUUAAUCACCCAAUACGAAGAAUAGCUGAAGUGCAGAUUCCUGGAAGGAGUAGGAGAGGAAGACCAAAGAAGACCUGGGGGGAGGCGAUAAGGCAGGACAUGUUGGUAAAGGGGAUUAACAUUGAUUAUAAUUACAUGAAUAUUAAUCAUUUCUUGUACAUUUAUGUAAAUAUGGACUCAAGAGGAUGA